AUGGCCAUUGAAUCACUCCUUGUCUCUGGAGCAAAGCCAAUCCUACAGAGUUUGAUUCAUAUCGUUACCCAAGAAAUUGGUCUAGCAUGGGGUGUCGAGGGAGAGUUGGAAAAGCUCCAGACUAACUUGACCACCAUCCAAGGUUUACUGGAUGAUGCUGAGAAUCAGCAAGUGGAGAACAAGGUAGUCAACAACUGGCUGAGGCGGCUCAAAAGCGUUGCUUAUGAUGCGGAUGAUGUGCUGGAUGAGUUCAACUAUAAAGCUUUACAGCGUGAAAUAGAGACCCCGGACCCAACCUUAAGAAAGGAUGGCAUCAGGAAGGAUGCAAAUGACUUCAACCUUAUUAGAGUAGAGCCUGCUGCUAAUCCCAAAGCCAUGAUGAUGAACAGAGAGGACGACCGACAAACCUUCUCUCUUAUAGAUGAUUCGGAUGUAGUUGGAAGAGUAGAUGAUAAAUCAAAACUACUUGAUAUGCUUAUAAUUAACAACACUAAAGCCAAUGAUCAAGUCAUUUCAGUCAUCCCCAUUGUAGGAAUGGGGGGACUCGGGAAGACGACUCUUGCUCAAUGGGUCUUCAAUGAUCCCUUGAUUGUGAAGCAUUUUGAUUUAAGAAUGUGGGUAUGUGUGUCCCAAGAAUUUGAAGUCAAGAGACUUGUAAAAGAAAUCAUAGUCUCAGCACGAGCUAAAAGUGAUGUAUCAAACUUGGAUGCAUUAAACUUGGAAGCAAUAGCAUGUAAGCUCCAAGAUAUGUUGAUGAAUAAACGAUUUUUGCUUGUACUAGAUGAUAUCUGGAGCGAAGAUCAUGAAAAAUGGGAUAAAUUGAAUGUUGUCUUAAGAUUUGGUGGUGUAGGUAGCAAAGUUAUUGUGACUACACACAUUACUGGAGUUGCAAGAAUGGUGGCUACAAGUGACACAUAUCAUCUGGGAACAUUAUCGAAACAAGAUUCUUGGUCAUUGUUUAGUCGAAGAGCAUUUAGCAAUGGUGGGCCACUAAAAACCCCAUACCUAGAAGAAAUCGGAAGGAGAAUCAUAAAAAAGUGUGGAGGAGUGCCUUUAGCAGUGAAGGUCUUAGGAAGCCUAAUGCACUCCAAAAUAGAAAAGCAUGAUUGGUCGUCUAUGGAGCAAGAUGAACUUAGGAAUUUACUACAAGAUAGUAGUAGAGGAAUAAUGCCCAUAUUAAAGUUGAGCUAUGAACAUCUGCCAUCACAUUUGAAACGUUGUUUUGUUUAUUGUUCAGUAUUUCCGAAGGAUUAUACAUUUGAUAAAAAAACAUUGAUAGAAUUAUGGAUGGCAGAGGGAUUCCUUGGAAGUAAACAAAUGGAGGAUGUUGGCAAUAAAUAUUUCAAUAUCUUAUUGGGGAACUCUUUCUUUCAAGAUGUGGAGAAAGAUGAAUAUGAAGAUAUAGUAUUGAGAUGCAAGAUGCACGAUCUUGUACAUGAUCUUGCGCAAUCUGUAGGAAAGCCUGACUAUUCCGCUGUGGAGGCCAAUCAUGUGGAACACAUUCUUAAUGAAGUUCGUGGUUUGACACUUUUUUUCGAGGAGAAAGAUGAUGAUAAAAAACUAUUUGAAAUUCCAAAAGAAGUCUUGAACAAGGCAAAGAAAGUGCGGACAUUAAUGUUUACUUCAUCAUCGCCAUAUGUUGUUGACAUGUUGAUGAGCACUUCAUCGCCAUAUGGUGACAUGUUGAUAAACUUCCAGAGCUUGCGUGUGUUGGGAUUAUGUAAUUGUUGGGUAGAAAACUUGCCGUCUUCAAUAGCAAAAUUGAAACAUUUAAGUGAAUGUGACACCACUGGAGAAAUGGACGAUGAUGAGGUGUUAGAAGGCCUGGAACCUCAUCCAAACUUGAAAAAGUUUUCGAUGUACCAUUUUGGCGGUAUAAAAUGUCCUACAUGGAUGGCAAGUGGUUUGUCAGCAUACCGAAAUUUGGUUUCAUUCAAACUCAUGUGCUGCCCUAGAUUGGAAUCUGUCCUGCUUGGGGAGCUACCCUUUCUUAGGGAUCUUCACUUGGAAGAUAUGGGAAAUCUGAAAUGUCUUGGUCGUCAGGAAUUCUUCUAUCAUAGCAGCAGAAACAGUACUACUACUGGUGCAACUUCCUCUUCAGCAGGGACGGUAGCAUUUUCGUUCCCUUCCCUCAAAAGCUUGUACUUUAAUGAAACAAAUGAGAUGGCACUAAGUUCAUUGUCUAGCAAUCUUAUCUCUCUGAAAUUUCUUCAUAUUGAUUAUUGUCCAGAACUCAAGUCUGUGCCGGAGAGGUUGCUACAAAACAAUGCACAUGUUCUUCAGGAAGUUAAGAUUUCACGUUGUAAGAAGCUUGAAACAAUUUUUCCAAGUGAAGGACAAGAGGGAUCCCCCCUUCCCCUAGCUUUCCCAUCUCUUCAAUCCUUGCAUAUAUGGGAAUGUCCUUUAGUAAAGCCUUUACCAGACGUGUGGAGAAUGACUUCUCUUCGAGAAUUGAAGUUGACAAACUUUGAAAAUUUGAAGUCACUACCAGAGGGGUUGCAACAGCUCACUAUGCUUGAGGGUUUAUACAUUAAUCGUUUUUCAGAGGGGAUGGAUUAUAUAAAAGGGGAAAAGGAUCUCCAACAACUUGUCUCCCUUCGACGCCUAACACUUAUUGGCUGGCCUCAGCACAAGAAUCUCCGAGACCAACUUAAGCACCUCACUAAGCUUAAAAUUGUGACCACAGAGGAGCAUAUGUGGUAA